GUAGGCCCAGAGACUUCAGUUCGAUUCGGCCCAACAACACACCACACACGACACACUCGGCACACCCACAAAAUACUCCAAUCUGACCCCCAAACACACACUUUCGAAUCCUUUAGCAAAUACUCCACAAUACACACAUGAACACACAAAAAGCUAAAAUCCUUAUCCAAGUUGGACACAAAUUCAGUUCCAAGCUCGUCCACACGUAGUUCCCAAAAAACAUCAUUUUUCGGAAUCGCUCAGAAAAUUGCAUAUCGCAUUCCAUCGGUCGCCUCGCCCAAAAAAAAAAGCAUUUCCUUAAAAAAUUGAGAAAUAAAUUGGACAUCAAGAUCACGGAUUAGACAGACAAGCUCCAGAUUAAGGCUAAGAUGCAGAAGGGAGUCAAGGAUAAGGAGAACCGGGCAACCAGUACAGGUCCGGAGAUCUAUGAGUUCAAUCAACAGCAGCAGCAGCAGCAACCCAAUCCCGGAAAGGCCAAUGAAGGCUUCCUUGGCAGUUUCCUAUCAAAGGGUCUGAAAACCAACCAGCUGGUGGUGAACACGGAUGAGAAGACCCUGCGACCCGUUGCCCGUUUAAAGGAGCCGCGCGAUCUCUUCGCCCUGCCGAAGGACAAGGACAAUGACUGCUCACAGCAGGCCCCCAGAUGGCCGGUCGAAUGCCAGGUCAUCGAGGAGCGAAUCACACACAUUCCGUACGUGCCCCCAACACCGGAGCCCCUCAACGCUCCCACGGGAAACGAACUGAAGCCGCGACCCGUCGGCGAGGAGAACGGCAUCGUCGUCUUCAGCUAUAGUCCGAUCAGUGCCGUAAAUUACGCCAAGCCCAAGGUGAAGAAGGAAGAGGAUGAAUCGAGCGACGAGUCGGACUACUCCUCGGACUCCCGCUUGGACUCCACGCCCCCCAGCCGGGCCACGCCCAUGCGAUUGGCGGGGGGAGGGGGCUGUGCCCGCGGCAAGAUCAACAGCGUGUCCAAGAUGAUCCACAAUGUCGAUAAUCGAUCCACCAGCGCCUCCUUGGACGACAAUGAUGACUACGACGAUGACUACGAGGAGUACGAAACCAGUGGCGAUGGAGGAGAGGGUGAGGCCAGGGAAAAGGCCAUGAUCAAGGAUCUUAUCGAGGCGAAGAAGAAGCGCUACCAGGAAGAGUCAGCAGUGACGGCCAGGAACUCGCGGGCCGGCAGCCACUCGGAGGCCAGCAAGGAUCCCAGCGACAUCGACAACAUCUGGAAGAACAACACCAGCGAGUACAAGCCCGCCUCGCCGCGCUACAUCCUCAGCCAGUUUGGCAAGAACGUGGUCAUCGACCAGAUUCUGGAUCCCGACGAUCCCACGCAGACGAACGCCGGCGGCGGAGGCGGAUCCGGAUCCCAAAAGGUAUCAAGCCAAUACGCGGUUACACCCAUCAAGUUGCCCAAAACGAACAUAGCCCGCUUGGAGGUGGCCUUUGAGCGGAGCACCCGCGAUACAGUCUCCCCCUCGUCGUCCUCGGGCGGCCAGACCCAGUCCCGGAAACGUAAGCGCGGGGGUGCCAUAAAGAUGGGCAAUGAAAACGAUGGUCCCGGUGACAGCAGCACCGAGGAGACCAGCAGCUCCAGUCUCGGGGAGGACGAGGAGGACGACGACGACGAAGACGAUGACGACGACGACGACGUGGAGUUGGGCGAGACCGACACGGAGGAUUCCGGUAGCGGUGAGACGGUCUGCCAGGCCGAGCCCAUUACCGAUUCCAGCCAGUCCGUCGGCGGAGUAGUCUUCUCGCCCAGGCUGGCGGGCGGGGCCGAGAAACGCACCUGUUCCGGUUCGGUGUCGGAUACCGAGACUCUGGUGGGGGACGAGACCAGGAGCAGGCUACCACCCGGGAGUCACCACCAUGCCGGAAUGACGGCGGUAGCGACUCAGUCCAAGAUGCGCCAGCCGCAGGGACGCCCUCCCAACCGGGCAGUACCCUACACGCAUGCGGCCACAGUGGCAGCAGCGGCGGCUUCGGCGGCGGCCAGAAAUCGGCAACGCGGCGUAGAAAGCUUCCAGGGUUCGCUGAUUCAAGACCAAGAUUCAAGAGUAGCAGGCGGCGGCGGCGGGGGCCUGGGGGGUGCCGCUAGCUAUAAUUCAAGCACUGGCACCGCCACCACCACCAGCACCAUUGGCACCUCCACAUCGGGUGGGGGCAGCAGUUACAUGGGGAGCAGCGUUUUCCGGCUGAGCAAGGAGCAGCAGCAGUUGUUGCCGCCAGGACUGAAUCCGAUAGCCAGCCAGGAAACGACUGGAACGACAACCACGACCAGUACUAACCAGGAGACGAUCACCUCGUCGCAAUCUUUUCUCUCCUCUGACUUUCCCCAAGCACAGUUCAGCCGAUCGGCGGUGGGCGGAGCCCGGUUCGUCACCAACUGCCAUCCGAUGAAUCCCGAGGAGUACGACGGCCUGGAGUUCGAGUCGCGCUUCGAGAGCGGCAACCUGGCCAAGGCGGUGCAGAUCACGCCCACCUACUACGAGCUCUACCUGCGCCCCGAUCUCUACACCAGCCGCUCGAAACAGUGGUUCUACUUCCGUGUCCGGCGCACCCGCCGCAAGAUGCUCUACCGCUUCUCCAUCGUGAACCUGGUCAAGUCCGAUAGCCUCUACAAUGACGGCAUGCAGCCGGUGAUGUACUCCACGUUGGGAGCCAAAGAGAAGAGCGAAGGCUGGCGGCGAUGCGGCGACAACAUCUGCUACUAUCGCAACGACGACGAGAGUGCCGGGAAUAGCGCCAACGAGGAGGAGGAGGACAACUCGACCUACACGCUAACCUUCACCAUCGAGUUCGAGCACGACGACGACACGGUAUUCUUCGCGCACAGCUACCCGUACACCUACAGCGACCUGCAGGACUACCUCAUGGAGAUCCAACGUCAUCCGGUCAAGUCCAAGUUCUGCAAGCUGCGCCUCCUCUGCCGCACUCUGGCGGGGAACAAUGUGUACUAUCUGACGGUGACAGCGCCCUCUAGCAACGAAGAGAACAUGCGGCGAAAAAAAUCGAUUGUGGUGUCGGCGAGAGUCCAUCCCAGCGAGACGCCAGCGUCGUGGAUGAUGAAGGGUCUCAUGGACUUCAUCACCGGCGAUACAACGGUGGCCAAGCGACUGCGUCACAAGUUCAUAUUCAAGCUGGUGCCGAUGCUGAAUCCCGACGGCGUCAUCGUGGGCAACACCCGCAACUCGCUGACCGGCAAGGACCUCAACCGACAGUACCGGACGGUCAUCCGCGAGACAUAUCCAUCCAUUUGGUAUACCAAAGCCAUGAUUAGAAGACUGAUUGAGGAAUGCGGCGUGGCCAUGUACUGUGAUAUGCACGCACACUCACGCAAGCACAACAUAUUCAUAUAUGGGUGUGAGAACAAGCGCAACCCAGAGAAGAAGCUCACCGAGCAGGUCUUUCCCCUGAUGUUGCACAAGAACAGCGCGGAUCGGUUCUCCUUUGAGAGCUGCAAGUUCAAGAUCCAGCGCAGCAAGGAGGGCACCGGCCGCAUUGUUGUCUGGAUGCUGGGCAUCACCAAUAGCUAUACGAUCGAGGCCUCCUUUGGUGGCUCCUCCCUGGGAUCGCGUAAGGGGACACACUUUAAUACGCAGGAUUAUGAGCAUAUGGGACGAGCAUUUUGUGAGACACUCUUGGACUACUGCGAUGAGAAUCCGAACAAAGUAAAGCGGCACGCAAAGUUGUUUAGACAAAUCAAAAAGAUAAGAAAACGCGAGAAACGCGAACAGAAAGCAUUAAAAUUACAGAAAAUGGCCGAUCAGAUUUUAAAUUUACUCAAACAACAGGACCGACUACGAUCCAAAAUCAUCGAAAGACUGAUGCGAGAAGGCUCUAGUGCCGACGAGCCAUUAAAUAUACCUUUGUCUGAUUACUCAAGCGACGAGGGCAAUUGCAGCUCGAGUUCUGAUAACGAGGGCAAGCACUCGAUAACCGCCUCCGAUUUGGAGGGUCCUUGUUGUGCCCCCACCCGAGCACCGCCCAGUUCGCCAGAGGUCAUCCACGAGAUACGCAAGUUCCGCAUGCGACGCAUGCGCAAAGUGAUGCACGAGCUGGACAGGAUCUACUUCACACCCCUGUUCCAACGCAAGUUCAAAACGCUGACGUCACUGAAACGUAGGCGCCACAAGCUGGGCUGCAAGACGGCAGUGCCGCCCAAGCGCCUCAAAGCUGGAGCCACUGCGGGAGCGGGAGAUGCCGCGUCAGUUGGACCAGCCACUUCCGGGAGUGACCCGGGGGCGGCAUCCCAGCAACAACAGCUGCCACCGCCACAGCAAUCCCAACUGCAACAGCGAAAGCAGCUGGGCGUGAGACCACUGCCGGCGAAGAGAACCCAACAAAUGGUGGCCAUGGCCAGUUCAGAGAGUUCCGACAGCGGGGACUCGGACUCGGAGUCGCAGCGGGAUCAGGACUCCAGUGCCAGCACCAAUGUCAGUGGCAUCAGUAGCGGGGUGGAGGUGAAGCGAAAGCUCAAGUCCGCCGUGGCAAAGAAGUCGGCCAAGAAGAAGAAGUUCAUGCCCAUCGAGAAGAAGAAGGUGGUGAUCAACCAGAAGCUCCAUGUGGACCGUAACUUCCGACUGUGGCUGGCCAAUCGUAGAAUCUACAUCUAUCGCCGUAAAAAGGUGACUCUGCAGACGCGCCGCACCCGGGUGAGGAACAAGCCGCCGAAGAAACGCGGCGAAGUGGUCCGCACCACCCUGGACUUGCCCACCACGGAUCCGGGCUCGGAUCUGCACUUCUCCACCGACGACGAGGAGCACUCGCCGGCAUCCGGACACAAUGGCUACGGAGCCGUGGCUCCCCUCCGGCACACCCUGCUGCAGAGUGAUCUCCAGCGACGCUACAUCGAGGAGAUUGGCGACACGGUCGUCCAGAAGCCGAAGCCGGCGAACAUGCCGCCAGAGCUGAUAGUGACCACGCCCUCGAAGAGCGGCACGCCGGGCGGUGGAAAGAAACUGGAUGUCUACAAGCUGACGCCGCGCACGGCCCCCGAACUGGAGAUGGGCGGAGGGGGCGGUGGCCACCACAUGUCCACCAUUUUGCAUCGACAAGGCGGUGGCGUCGUAGCAGGCGGCACUUCGGCCCGACGCACCUAUUCCUGGCACAACCUCGACCAGCAGGAUAUACCCAGUGGCAGUGGAGGUCAGAACAAGGCCAACUUCUACAUGGGCGGCGACGCCAAGCCCACCAUGAAGGCGAUGCCCAAGCCGCCGCCCAGAAGGAGCGUUCCGAGCAACUUUAUCCCCCAGCGACAUGGCGCCAACGGGCCCACUGCCGAUGACCUGCAGCUGAAGCUGUCGCUCAAGAAGAAGGUCUGGACAGGAGCACACGGUGAGCCGGACGGUCGUCCGCUUGCCUGGUACAAGGGACACUCGAUACCCGGACCUCAGAUGACAGCUGCCAACGCAGCUGCGGCCGGAAUUCGGAGUGCCGGAGGCGGAGGAAACGUGGGCAGUGGCCAUGGCAGGAGCAUGUACACCGCCAGUGGCCGGGAGGCGGCAGCAGUGGCAGCUGCCUCCGGAGGAAUGGCCAUGGGCGUGCCGCCCGCAUUUAUGGGAGCGCCACGCAAGCCCCGGAAACUGGAGCAAGUGGAUCUGUUCAAUGCCUGUUCCCAGAAGCUGCUUCUGUGGCAACAGCAAGAGGAGACGAAGCGCAGCCACCCGCAUCCCCCCCAGCGUCUGAUGAAAGUGGAGGAUCAGCAGCAACACCACCAGCACCACCAGCGGGAACGGGAACGAGAACGCGAGCAGCACCAGCGAGACAUGAUGCGUGCCUUCAAGCCGAUGCAGCUGUCCAAGAAAUCACUGGCCCAGGGCCAUGCCAAGGGCCUGCAACAGGGCAUGGUGGGCGAGUCGGGCGGCAAGGUGAAGCGCAAGUCCAGCAGCCUGAUGAAGAUAGCAGAGACUACGCAGCUGGUCACGCGGUUCGCCCGAAAUCGCAGCAGCGCUGGUGGGUCCGCCGUCCAGCAGCAACAACAGCAAGGGCAGCAGUCCCAAGUCCAAAUGCACCAGCAGAGGAUCAUGUUCAAGGGCGGCGCCGGCGGCCCCAUGAGCGGACGAAUGCAUUCCGCCGGAGUGCUGGGCGGAGGCGGUGGUGGAGUACGGGCUCCGAAUAAAUUCAAAACAGGUGGCCUGGUAAUCACGGCUGUCCAACAGCCGUCCAAUGUACCCGGCGGCAGUUCCCGACGUAUGCGGAAUGCUGCCGGCUUGCAUGCCAAGAGCAGUACAGGGAUCGUGGGACCCGGUUCCGGGUCCGGAGCAAUGCAUUUCCAAACAACGCGAGGUGGCGGCACCAUGGUUCAGGCCACCAAAUCCUCCACUGGCAUCACCCUGGACACCGUCAACCUCGUCCGCAAGGUGAAGACCAAACUGAAGAAGCGCAAAUCCCGGACCCUCUCCACCGGACCCCCCAAGUAAACCAUGUCCAGAUCCCGUCCAGAUGAGUGCUGCUUAAUAUUCGAAUUGUUUCCGGUCCAGUUUUGAGUUUCAAAAUUAUGUAGCCAUCGAAGGAGUUUUACCGCUAGAUCCUUUGGUCUGAUCCGAUAUCUUAACCCAAGUAACAAGUAACAAAUCCCCUCGCCCUCACACGUUUUGGUUGCGAUUUUAAACCGAAAACGAAAAACGAGUCCAAAUUUUAGUCCAAUUUUCUAGGCAUGGCAAAAAAGGAAUAGCAAAAUUAUCUAAAUAAUUCAUAUAAAUAUGUGGAUAUAUAUAUGUAUAAUCUGUAGCAGUACGCAUAUCGUACGUAAUCGUGUUUCCUGUAAUCCCUCAAUCUCUGUACCUAUACAGUUAAUCCCUAAAAUAAUGUUUAAAGUCCAAACGAGA